AUGUUACCAGCACCAUCAUCAUCAUCAUCAUCAUCAUCAUCAACGCCGUCAUCGCCGGCAGCGGCAGUAGGCCUGUCGAGUGCGGUGGCGUUUGCUAGCGUUCGGCCGUCCACGAGGAUGCUGCUGGCCGUGGUGGUUUCCCUGCUGGCGCUCUGCCUGCCCGGCCCGGUGCUAGGAGAUUAUGAAAAUACAUGGAACUCGUACUACGAGCAGCCGUGCUGCGGUGGCACCGCCAACGGGCCCUUCCAUCUGCGCCACCAUGGAGAUCACGUACGGGAGUUUCAGUGCGGAAAAUUCUACUACCGAACGUUCUACAUGGACGAGGACCGGGACACGCUGUACGUCGGUGCCAUGAACCGGGUGUACAAAUUGAAUUUGAAAAACAUCAGCAUGACGUCGUGCGAGAAAGACUCCAUGCUGCUUGAUCCAACCGGUGCUGACAUCCGAAACUGUGUCUCUCGUGGAAAAAGUGAGAUGUUUGACUGUAAGAACCACAUCCGAGUGAUUCAACCGACGGACAACGGGACGAGACUGUACAUCUGCGGUACGAAUGCGCACAGCCCGAAGGAUGUUGUCAUAUUUCGAAACCUGACCCACUUGCCGCGCUCGGAGUACGUGCCCGGUGUGGGCCUCGGUGUGGCCAAGUGUCCCUACGAUCCGAUCGACAACUCGACCGCCAUCUACGUGCACGAGGGCAAUCCCGGUGAUCUGCCUGCGCUGUAUUCGGGAACCAACGCCGAGUUCACCAAAGCCGAUACCGUCAUAUUCCGGGCGGAUCUGUACGAGAUGGCGUCGGGCAAGAAGAUGUACAACUUCAAGCGUACGCUCAAGUACGACUCCAAGUGGCUGGAUAAACCAAAUUUUGUCGGAUCGUUCGACGUCGGCGAGUACGUGUACUUCUUUUUCCGCGAAAUUGCGGUUGAGUACAUCAACUGCGGUAAGGCGGUCUACUCGAGGGUGGCGCGCGUCUGCAAGAAGGACACCGGUGGCAAGAACAUCCUCAACCAGAACUGGGCCACCUAUCUGAAGGCGCGGCUCAACUGCAGCAUCUCGGGCGAGUUUCCGUUCUACUUCAACGAGAUCCAGGACGUGUAUCAGAUGCCAACGGACAAGACCAAGUUCUACGCUACGUUUACGACCAGCACGAACGGGCUGGUCGGUUCGGCCGUUUGCAGCUUCAGUUUGGGGGAAAUCCAUUCCUCCUUCGCAGGCAAAUUCAAGGAACAAGCCACGUCCAACUCCGCCUGGUUGCCGGUAAUGAGCUCGAAAAUUCCCGAACCACGACCCGGAACCUGCGUGGACGACACAACCACACUUCCCGAUGCCGUGCUCAACUUCAUCCGGUCACAUCCAUUGAUGGACCGUGCGGUAAGCCACGACUACGGCAAUCCAGUGUUCUACAAGCGUGAUCUCAUCCUCACAAAGCUCGUCGUAGACAAGAUCAACAUCGACAUCCUGAACCAGGAGUACCUGGUGUACUACUUGGCCACGAACGAGGGCCGCAUCUACAAGGUGGUGCAGUACUUUCACGAUGGCCAAUCUCGUGCGAAGCUGCUCGACAUCUUCGACGUGGCACCCAACGAACCGAUCCAGGUGAUGCGACUCAGCCAACGCUAUCGAUCGUUGUACAUCGGAACGGACUCACGCGUCAAGCAGAUCGAUCUGGUCAUGUGCAACCGCCGGUACGACAGCUGCUACCGAUGCGUGCAGGAUCCGUACUGCGGUUGGGAUCGAGACAGUGCCAGCUGCCGACCUUAUCAGCUCGGAUUUCUACAGGAUGUCGGCAACCGAACAUCGGACAUUUGCGACACGAACGUGAUGCGAAAGAAGAUCAUCGUCACGUUUGGGCAGAGCGUGCAUCUUGGGUGUUUCGCGCGGGUGCCGGAAAUCCUGAAGUACCAACCGGUCACCUGGUAUCACCACUCGAAGGAACGUGGCCGGUAUGAGGUCCGGUACACCGUUACCAAGCACAUCGAGACGUCCGAGGGUGGUCUGGUGGUGAUCGCGAUCAACGAAGCUGAUGGUGGCCGGUACGAUUGUUACCUCGGUGGAUCGCUUCUGUGCAGUUUCAGUCUCGUCGUCGAUGCUCAUCGGUGUACGGCACCCAGCAAAGGCAACGAUUAUCAGAAGAUUUACUCCGACUGGUGCCACGAGUUUGAACGGUACAAAUCGGCGCUAAAGCGAUGGGAAGCGAAGCAAUCGCAAUGUUCGACCAACCCGAAGGAUAACGAGCUGGACGUGUACCAGGGCGAUGGAAACGUUUGAUGAGGAUCAGCCUCCCAUCCCUAGAGCAGUGACUCAUUUUAACAAGCAAAAUAACAACAACAACAACAACAAUGUCUGUGAUAAGCGAAGGAAAUCCUAUGACAAUGCACAAACAAAAUAAAACAGUAGUAGGAGACAAACGAAAGAAAAAAAAACCAUUAAAACAGAAAGCAAAAGCAGCACUACAGAGACAAGUACAUAACAGCGUAGCAUAUAGCGAGUUUAGCGAGAUGAGACAGCAUCAGCCCAAUCCCCCGCCCGUUGUGAGUAGCAUUAUGUCGUAAGUUCAGCAGUAGCAAAAUGUUAGCAGACAUCGAGAUGAAGGGAUGAAAUACACCCCCAUGCAUACACACACACACACGUGCGUGUGCCCGUCACAGGACGGGUGGACGUAAUUGUAAUUAAAUAGGCACAGAAACAAAACGAACAGGCCGCGUUAAUGUAGCGGACCGCGCACGAACGAACGACGAACGAAAGGUAGCCUCUAUACUCUAGACUAGUAGACGAAUGCAACGCCGAAGCUUAAUAGAAGAAAAAAAAAACGAACUUUCCACGGUUUUAAGCCCUCCUGCUUAGAAGUGCAUGUGUACAUCGAACUUACCCGUACGAAGUAGCGAUCGAGUAGCGUAGGCAUAUGCGUAGGGAGCAGUAGUGUACAUGGAAUUGCGAUAGCCCUUCCUGAAAGCUGAGUGUUAGCGAGAAUGUCUAGCAAGAACCACGAGGAUCAAGAGGCACGUUCUUUUAACGUGUAAAUACUGCGAAGCCUCCAAAGUAUCCCUUUCAAAGAGGCUCGAUAUUUGGUCUGAUAUUUCAACGAUCAUUUGCAGACGUUUGUGCGUUCAGUAAGCAUGCUCUACAGCUUCAGUCUCGCCAUAGGGCGUUCUCUGCUCAUGCUCUCGGGGGCUACAGAAAAAAAAGACUUACGAGGUCCUGCGGCAGGUCCCAGCACCCGGCUGGCAGGACUUCGUCACACACAAUGGCAAGCAAUCCCUUCGCCCUUCGCACCAUUUCGUACACGGGCUCGACUGCGCCCGAUCGUGGUUUUAUUUAUAUGAUGGAGAAGAACACCGAAUAGGUACGGUAUAGUAGCGUUAGACGAAGCAAGAAUCUCUUAGCAAGGAUAUAAAAAAGGAAGAAAAAGCAACACAAAAAAAAACAAAAGCAACACAACUCACACUACACGCGAGUGAAUAAAAAAAAAACGAAGACACGACGACGAUCGAUCGAAACAAAUUUCGCAAAAUCUGUGAUACUUUAGUGUUUAAGUGCUCAAUGGAAUAGAUUUCGGUUUUGGUGUGGAGGCGAUAAAUUGCGACAGAGAGAGAGAGAGAAAGAGAGAGAGAGAUAGAGAGAGAGAGCGAAAAAGAGAAAGGCGCGCAAACGCGAAAGGACAUCGUAAUCCGAGGCGUUUGUAGAACUUAUGUUUGGAAGGGUUUCUGUUCGUUUCUUUGUAUAUUUAAACCGUUUCUAGGCGAGAAACUGGCAACUCGAAUGCAACUCGUGUGUACUAAUAUAAUUAUUACAAAAUAAAAAUGAUAGAGAUUGA